GGGAGGAGGGGGCGAAGCUGACGGUGCGUCACAGCCCCUUGGAAAAAAAAAAAAAAAAACGUGAAAAUGGAAGUAAAGGGUCGGGAAAGGCAGGAGUAAAAUUCUUGCCAAUGGCAACAAAAGCCCCGGUGUCCUCAGAUGCGGAGCCACAGCGCAGUGUUACAGGUGGCACAAGGAAGGUAUGCGAUGCGGAGGCGAGGACCUGGCAGGCAGGCAGGCAGGGGGGUGUGAAGUUCAGUGAAAUGGCAGGAAAAACUGCUGAAGAAUAAGUUGAGAUGGAGGGCGAGAAGAUGAGAAGUUGAAGAGGAACGUGCGCUCGGCUGCGUCACCUCACCGGCAGCGCGGAGAAAACCAUCCAUGCAGUAGCAGCAUCGCCGGGUACCAAGGGUGACAUGCUGUGAAGUCCAGCAGGGGGAAAUGAUGAUGGUGAUGAAGAACUGCGGCACGAAGAAGAUAUUAUAAAGCCCGGGGAAACAAAAGUUUCUGGGCACCCGGAGCCUCGGCAGCCUGGUGGCGCGCGCAGAGUAAGUGGGAGCGCAAGGGAGUGAAACAAAUGCGCACGACGCGCGUGGUUUGCGCCGCCUUGAUAGCCCGAGUCUCUGAUCAGAAGUGAGGCGCUCGCUUGCUUGCAGUGAGAACCAGAACGUGGCGAAAUGAUGGAUUCGGAAGGAUCCGCCGGGCUGGCGAAAUCGGCCGCCGUGAAACUCUCGGAGAUGGGGGAGAGAACGAAGCAGCUCGGAACAGCCAUGCAGGACCCCAAUCGACAGAGGCGCAUUAUAUUAGUCAUCGUGUGUGUGGCUCUCCUCUUAGAUAACAUGCUCUACAUGGUCAUCGUGCCCAUCAUACCCGACUACCUCGCCGAUCUGGAAAGCGAGCAUUCGGAUCGCAGCCACGAUGCGAGUUGGGCCAACGCUUCCGCGAACCACACGGGCCACGGCAGCAAGGUCUCCCGGGACAACCUGGACGUGCAGAUAGGGGUUCUCUUCGCCUCCAAAGCCAUCCUGCAGCUCUUGGUGAACCCCCUGUCCGGGACGUUCAUCGACAGGGUCGGGUACGACCUUCCGCUCCUCAUCGGACUCACGGUCAUGUUCCUGUCCACGUGCAUCUUCGCGUUCGCCGAGAACUACGGCACGCUGUUCGCGGCGCGCAGCCUGCAGGGUCUCGGCUCCGCCUUCGCGGACACGUCCGGCAUCGCCAUGAUCGCCGACAAGUACACGGAGGAGGCCGAGAGGAGCAGAGCCCUGGGCAUCGCGCUCGCCUUCAUCUCCUUCGGCAGCCUCGUGGCGCCGCCCUUCGGCGGCGUGCUCUACGAGUUCGCGGGCAAGCGCGUGCCCUUCAUCGUGCUCGCGUGCGUCUGCCUCGCGGACGGCGUGCUCUUCCUCACCGUGAUCAAGCCGUUCGCCAGCAGGACUCGAGAGAACAUGCCGGUGGGCACGCCCAUCUACCGGCUCAUGAUCGACCCCUACAUCGCGGUGGUCGCCGGGGCCCUGACCGUGUGCAACAUCCCGCUGGCCUUCCUGGAGCCCACCAUAGCGAACUGGAUGGAGAGCACCAUGAACGCCACCAAGUGGGAGAUGGGCCUCACGUGGCUGCCAGCCUUCUUCCCGCACGUUCUCGGCGUGUACAUCACCGUGAAGUUAGCCGCGCAGUACCCCAACUUGCAGUGGUUCUACGGGGCCGUCGGCAUGGUCAUAAUCGGGGCCAGUUCGUGCACCGUUCCAGCGUGCAAAAACUUCGGCGAGCUCAUCGCCCCGCUCUGCGGCAUCUGCUUCGGCAUCGCGCUGGUGGACACCGCCCUGCUGCCCACGCUCGCCUUCCUGGUGGACGUGCGCCACGUCUCCGUGUACGGCAGCGUGUACGCCAUCGCGGACAUCUCGUACUCGGUCGCGUACGCCAUGGGGCCCAUCGUCGCCGGGCAGAUCGUGCACAACCUCGGCUUCGUGCAGCUCAACCUCGGCAUGGGCCUCGUCAACGUGCUUUACGCGCCCGCCCUGCUCCUGCUCAGAAAUGUGUGCCAGAUGAAGCCCUCCUACUCGGAGAGGAACGUGCUCCUGGAGGAAGGACCCCAGGGACUCUACGAUACCAUCAAGAUGGAAGAGCGCAGAAGCAAGACCAAGAGGAAGGGCUACAGUUCAUCGGGCGGCUGCGUGGCCGCUGAUGAGAACGGCAUCGUCGACACCUUGAGAGGACGGUCGAGGUCGUACUCCGAGGAGGAGGAGGAAUCUUCGGGGCCAGAAUUAGAAUAUAGCUAAAAUAAAUAAAUGAACCGUUGAAAUAACACUAGGACACCCGCUCCCCCCCCCCC